GCCUAUGCAUGGGUGUCCAUCAUCUUCGUCUUUGUCUCCAUCUUCUCGUUCUGCGCGGAGACACACCCUCUGUUCAAGGUCAGGGCCAGAGACAUGACUCACAUGGCCUCGUUCUACGAGUUCUUCAACCUGGAAGCUAUCCAGUGGUGGGAUCUAACGCAUCCACACAACGCCACAGCCGACAUCAUCAACGCUACGUCAUCACUGAACUCCGCAGCCAAUCAAAACGCUAGUGGGAGUGGUUUAGCUAGUAACAUCGCUCUGUCAAACUCCGCCCCUUCUUCGUCCCUCCGUGGGUCGUCGUCCAAUACGAACUGCGCGUGUGAUAGGAGGGGCAGGGCGAACGUUGUGUUUGACGAGUAUUAUACGGACGAGGGAGAUGAUGCAGAUGAGGAAAGGGAGAAUUAUACGGGCAAUAGGCUCCUCCCACAUCCAGCUCUAGUCAUCAUGGACAUGUCUUGCCUCGCCUUCUUCACCAUGGAGUACCUCACUCGCUUCCUCUGUUCGCCCAGCAAGAAAAAUUUCGUGCGCGCGUUACAAAACAUUGUGGAUUUCCUCGCCUUUGCGCCGGAUUACGUUGAAAUACUUUUCCUUAUCAUCGACCCCAGCCAGACAGAGGGGAUGGCCAUUAUGGAAAUGCUUUUUAUUCUCCGAAUUUUACGUCUCUUUCGAAUCUUUCGCCUAAUCCGUCACGUUCCUGGUUUGUGGAUUCUUCUGUAUACGCUCAAGGCGAGUUUCAACGAGCUGAUGCUCAUGUGUGUCUUUUUGCUCAUCGGUAUGGUCGUCUUCGCCACGCUCAUCCAUUUUGUUGAGCCAGAUGGGAUCUUUACCAACAUUCCUGUGGGGUUCUGGUGGAGCGUGGUUACCAUGACAACGGUAGGUUACGGGGACAUGUUCCCGGAAUCGGCGGCCGGGUAUUUUAUCGGUUCUUGCUGCGCAGUGGCGGGUCUGCUCAUGAUAGCCUUCACCGUGCCCAUUAUCGUGAGUAAUUUUGUCCUGUACUACACGCACGUGCAAUACGGGCUGGCCAGGAAAGACCGCGAGUUGGCGAGGCAGAGGGAGGAGGAGCUAGAGGCGGAGAGGUUGGCGGAGGAGGCGAGGAAGAAGAGUAAUCUGGACGUGGAGGGGGCGUGUUCUACGACGGCGACGCCCACACCGCUGCCGACUCCCCCCACCACGACGAGGAAUGGCCGGACGUACACGUACGUCAACCGACUGGAGCCCAGCGCCGAGGGCGAGGAGCCUGAUGACGCCACUGACGUGUCGUGUGUCAACGGGGGCGGGGCUGGGAGUGCAGUGUUUAUCGUAGAGAGGGAGACUACUGUCACAUGACAGACAGUGGACAGUGGUUAAGGUGAUCACUUGAAACACAGUGGGCGGAGUCUAUAAUGUGAUUGUCAAUUGAAGGAUAUUGACCAGUGUCUACAGGUAACGUGGCCUUGUAGAGGAGGGUAUUAUUAUUUGACAGUGUUUGCACCUAGCAUGGAUUCUUGAGAGAUAUUAUUGGCCGAGAUGGAUCUAUAAAUAUUAAAUGAUCUAUAAAUAACACGGUCACUUGGCGAAUGUUGGCAGUUGUCUUCGAGUAGGAUGGGGUGACUGACUUGUUAAUCUAAGUUUUCUUUUGUUCUGAGACUUUUUUUCUCAAGAUUGUUACCGGAUUUCACUGUUGAUUGAAUUCUUGCCAAUCGUUUCAGUAUCACAUGACCUCGACGUCUUCUGUUAGAUGAUGCAGUCGUCGUCUUUCUCAUCAUCAUCAUCAUCAUCAUCAUCAUCAUCAUCAUCAUCAUCAUCAUCAUCAUCAUCAUCAUCAUCAUCAUCAUCAU